AAUACGAUUUGUUUUCUCUAGAGUCCCGUCUGCUUUGUUCACCGCCGCUGACAGCACGAGUCCGCCCCCGAUACGAAGCCCCGCCAGCACCCAACACGAUUCCUUGGAGAAGAAGAGGCCGCCAUGGAGGAGAGGUUACCGCUUCUGCCGCAGCGAAUGUCGCGGGACGGCGACGGUCGAGAGAAGAGGUGCGGCCGCGUGAGGUGGUGGAGGGACCUGGCGCGGGAGGCCGGCAAGGUCGGGCGCGUGGCCCUGCCGAUGGCGGCCGUGAGUGUGUCGCAAUACGCGGUUCAGGUGGCGUCCAACAUGAUGGUCGGCCACCUCCCCGGCGUCCUCCCGCUAUCCGCCUCCGCCAUCGCCACCUCCCUCGGCACCGUCUCCGGCUUCAGCCUCCUCAUUGGAAUGGCAAGUGGAUUGGAGACUCUAUGCGGCCAAGCUUAUGGAGCAAAACAGUACGACAAAUUGGGACUACAAACCUAUAGAGCUACAGUCACACUCAUACUUGUGAGCAUUCCAAUCUCACUGCUGUGGGUAUUCAUAGGCAAACUUCUGAUCCUCAUAGGUCAAGACCCCUUGAUAUCAAAGGCAGCUGGGAGAUACAUAAUCUGGUUGAUUCCAGGGCUCUUUGCAUAUGCAGUCAGCCAGCCUCUCACAAAGUUUCUGCAGUCUCAGAGUCUUAUAAUUCCUAUGCUGUGGUCCUCCAUGGCGACACUGCUCUUGCACAUUCCUCUUUGUUGGUUAUUGGUGUUCAAGACCAGUUUGGGGUUUAUCGGAGCUUCUUUGGCAAUAAGCUUAUCAUAUUGGUUGAAUUUGAUCAUGCUUGCUGCGUACAUCAGAUACUCGAAUUCUUGUAAGGAGACCCGCUCGCCUCCUACACUUGAGGCCUUCAAAGGAGUUGGUGUGUUCCUGCGCCUAGCUCUGCCAUCUGCACUAAUGUUGUGUUUUGAAUGGUGGUCCUUUGAGGUCCUUAUUCUUGUCUCAGGACUAUUACCCAAUCCAGAGCUGCAAACUUCAGUUCUUUCGAUUUGCCUGACGACUAUCUCGUUAAUGUACACUAUACCUUAUGGGCUUGGAGCUGCUGCAAGCACUCGAGUAGCAAAUGAACUAGGUGGUGGUAACCCUGAAGGAGCUCGAUCCGCUGUUCGGGUUGUCAUGUGUAUUGCAGUGAUGGAGGCAGCUCUCGUCACAAGUACAUUGUUAGCGUCACAGCACAUCUUGGGCUAUGCAUAUAGCAGUGAUAAGGAGGUUGUCACGUAUGUCAAUGCAAUGGUUCCCUUUGUAUGCGUCUCUGUUGCUGCUGAUAGCCUACAAGGAGUUCUAUCAGGUAUUGCCCGAGGAUGCGGGUGGCAGCACUUGGGCGCCUAUGUCAACCUCGGCUCCUUCUAUCUGGUUGGAAUUCCAGUGGCACUCUUCCUCGGCUUUGUUCUGAAGAUGGAAGGAAAAGGGCUGUGGAUGGGCAUUUCCUGCGGCUCCAUAGUGCAAUUCUUACUUCUCGCCGUCAUAACAUUCUUCAGCAACUGGCAAAAGAUGUCUGAGACAGCGAGGGAGAGAGUUUUCAGAGAAGAGCUGUCAGACUCAGACAAGGAACCUUGGGUAUCGGAUGGAUCGGAUUUGCUCUAAUUUUGGCACGAGUCAUCUGAUCCCUUGAACUGAAUUUGACGAAGGGGACGAGAUCUUGUAGAGAAGAAACCCUUCUUGGACUUGGAGGACUCUGAAUGUACAGAGAACUUGCCGAACACUGACCAGUAUUCUGCGUUCAUAGUUGCUCCUGUUUGUUGAAACUGGGACCGAGAAUGGUGCCAGAAACUUAACGCAUAUGAAUAGGGAGAUUCUAGUGCCCGACGUCCGAUAGAUCGGACGCUUCAACUGCUCAUGUAAUAUCGAAAACUAACAUCUGUAACAUCUGAAAUCAACGUUUGCAACAUCAAAAAAUGCACUAAAAUAGCACACAGAUUUGGACCCCAAAAAAUUAUUCAAUUGAGUUAUUUCUUAUAUUUCGUAUCUCUAAUAUUUCAGAUGUUUAAAUUUAAUAUUUUAGAUGUAAUAUAAAUUUGUUGCAGAAGUUAUUUUCGUUUGUUGCAC